GUCCAACUUCUCAAAUCGAUCUUUACACUGACGAAUAGUACAGUAGGGAGGGUUUCACCGUGCAAAUUCCAGCGGAGGAAGCGCAGUCAUGGACGACAACGACAAACUCCUCUGCGAGGCAUCAAAAAGCGGUGGGAUAGACAAAGUCAAAUCUCUCAUAAACUCAGGAGCCGAUGUUUCCUACUUUGACAGCGAUGGCUUCACUCCACUCAUGCACGCUGCCAAGCUCGGCCACUCCGCUGUUGUCAAGUCCCUUCUGGAGGCCGGUGCUCCCUGGAACGCACUUUCUCCUUCAAAUCUCUCCGCCGGCGACUUAGCGAUGGAGGAAGGUCACCAAGAAGCCUUCGAAAUCCUCCUCAGUGCCGGAAUUCAAUCUGAGUUAAUACUGGGAACAAUUGCUAGGAAAGAAAAUGAAAAUGGCGAUUCUGAUAGGGAUUAUUUGGAAGACAGGGUUAAUUUCAGCGAGGAUAAGCUGAUGGAUGCGGAUAGCAAAGCUGUUAUGAUGGCUUGGGAGAAACCACUAAUGGAGGCACAUGCUAAGGCUGUUUGCUCUGCAGGUGGUCACGUGUUAAAUAUUGGAUUUGGAAUGGGUCUAGUUGAUACUGCCAUUCAGCAGUAUAGUCCAGCUACUCACACAAUUGUUGAGGCGCAUCCAGAGGUUUAUGAACGUAUGAUCCGUGAUGGUUGGGGUGAGAAAGAUAAUGUUAAGAUCGUAUUUGGUCGGUGGCAAGAUGUUCUUUCUCAACUUGGAACUUAUGAUGGUAUUUUCUUUGACACUUAUGGAGAGUAUUACGAGGAUCUGAGAGAAUUCCAUCAACAUCUUCCUGUAUUGUUGAAACCUGGAGGAAUUUACUCAUUCUUCAAUGGACUUUGCGGAGGUAAUGCAUUCUUCCAUGUUGUUUACUGUAAUCUAGUUUCUCUAGAACUCGAGAAUUUGGGCUACUCUACCCAGUUGAUUCCCUUGCCUGUUAAGGAUUGUUUGGCAGAAGAAGUUUGGGAAGGUGUGAGACACAAGUAUUGGCAGCUUGAUACAUAUUACCUUCCUGUUUGUCAGUCUAUACAAGAUUCUGAAUGAUGUUCUAAUUCUUGCCCAUCAAUUUUCUCCUUUCUUAAACAUUAGUGAUGCUAUUGAUAAUAUUGGGCUGUUGAAUUACUGAAACUUGUGUUGAACACCAUCCAAUGAAUUUGGAUAGGUAGUUUGCUUAUUGCUA